AUGCCCUACCUUGAUGACCGAAACUUCAGUUUGUACGCUAGAGAUAUCAGCACACAACUCACUCCAAAUGCUACUCAGAAGACAACGUUAAUCGUUGCAGGCUGCUAUGUCGUAGUUAUCGCGAUUCUCUGGCAUGUGCCGGUAUUGAGUUGGAUUAUAUACCCUUUCAAACUUUUGACUGUGGGCUUCCAUGAGAUGAGCCACGCCAUUGCUGGUAUUUUGACUUGUGCCACUAUCCAUUCCGUGGAGCUCGAUCCGGACGAAGGUGGCGAGACCCGCAUGUCGGGCGGCAUAUCCUGGAUCACCCUUCCUGCCGGAUACCUCGGUUCUUCACUCAUCGGUGCUUGCCUCAUUGCAUGCGGAUUUGACACAAAUGCGAGCAAAGUAGCCUGUCUCGUUCUUGGUGUAUUUUUCCUCUUCACGCUAUGGUGGGCGCGCAGGAAUUGGUUGACAUGGGUGCUCAUCCUUGGAAUGUGUGGCUUGAUCGUGUUAUUCUGGCUUGUGGCGGAUAGUGUUGCAUUGCGUUACUUUAUCUUGUUUGUUGGCGUGAUGUCAGAUUUAUAUGUGCUGUGGGACGUGAUAGAUGAUACCAUCGCGCGAAAAGUCAAUAGCUCUGAUGCAUCCGCUUUCGCUCGGAUUUGUGGCUGUUUCCCAUCUAGAGUGUGGGGCGUCAUCUGGCUCAUAAUCGCCUUCAUGUUCUUUGCUGCUGGCAUCAUUGUGGGAUUAGUUGCAUUCAAGGAGUCUUCAUCGGAACAGCAGGAGCAAGCUUCGCACUUCCUUCCUGCUCCAGGAUCCAGCGGCGCUAUGGCAUCCGCACCGAUACCAAGUGUUCUUGUAAUGAUCGUUACAGUUCUCUCGUGGAAGCUAUUGCCGUGA